AUGAGCCCACAGGACCAGGCGACCUUUUCAAUAGCCGAGACGGAUGCACCCGACUUGCUGGAACCAUCGUCACUUGCAAUGCUCGAUGCGGUGGCGAUGCCUUGGAUGGAUGGGAUAUUUGACUCGUAUCCCGACCAGCAGUGGGACUUGAGUCCGGACUCCGCAGUACUUUAUAAUGGCGCCGCGCAACUUUGGUUGCCGCAAACGGAUUCGCCUGGUCAAAUAUCCACUGACUUCAACGCGGGCAGCCUGUCCUCUAGUUCCCCUCAGACGGUCUCCGAUCGGGUGUUGGCACAGCACUAUACCCAGAAUCUGGCGUCCAAGUACAGCUCCAAGGGCCAGACCUGGAACAAUCACACAUAUUUCUUCAAUCGAUUUAACUCAAGUCAUUCGUUUGUGAUAUCGGCUCUUUACGCGUGGACAGCUGCUCACCUUUACUGCAACGGGACUUUGGGUUCGGAGAGUAGCGCCCUAGAACAUUAUGAAAAGAGUCUCGUAGCUCUCGGGGAUCAAUUGGGCAUCCAGCUUGGGAUUGGGGUCGUGGAUGAAGAACUAAGCCAGACUUGGCCUCAGCUUAUCACCCGAGAUGAUGAUUUGGAUGCCAUCUCAGUGACGCUUUAUUUCCUCGCCUGGACCGAUCUGCUGCUUUCACGAAGGGCCUCAUUGAAGCGUAUGCUAAGUCUAGAAGCUUGCCUUCUGGAAAGCCGAGGCCACGGUGAUCAAUCGCAGUCAGUUUACGGUAGAAUGGCUGUGUGGUUCUGCUUCCUCGAUGCUCGCGCUUCUCUCUUUUCCCAAGAUAAUGAUCGCAUCAUACAGUGUCUGGGCAACGACUUGGGAUUAAUGUUUGCUGUGGACAAGUCCUACAACUUUCUGCAACAAGAAUACACUCUGCUAUACCCGAAUGAAGAGCGACGAUGGGAUGAGGCUCAUAGGCCUUUGUAUGUGGCUACGUGUCGCUUGGUCGCUCUCUUAGGGAUGAUAUCCAUAGGCGACCGCAACGCGGCGAUGGAGAGUCAAGAGGCAAGUACAAGAGCAUCAUUGGAUGAUAUACAUCAGGGCCUCGCCAGUAUCAGCGAAGAGAAGGCUGCAGAAAAGAAAGUGCUCUCCAUCUUCCUCACCGUGAACGCCCUCUUCCACGCAGUACAUAUAUACGCCUCCAGAGUCUACCGACCAGCGGACGAAAUUUAUACAGAUACUUCGCAUGCUGAGGAUUUAAUUGGCAUCACUCGCCGCUUUUACUCCAAGCUGAAACGGCCGAGGAUGGAAGCGCCGCCGACCAAGAUAUGGCCUAUCCCACUCAUCAUGGCAGCGAUUGAGGCAAAGGACCCUAUCUACAGAGACUGGGCGCUCCAGCUUAUCAAGGACUGCUCUCAUGCUGGAAAGCAUUAUGUCAACGCCUGUGCUUUUGUCGAAAAGGUGCAUGCCGCCGAGGAGGGGACGGGCUGUCGCGCCAAUCUUUCCCAGAUCGCUGAAGACAUGGGCGACAAUUUUGUGAUUUGA